GACUGUUUAACUGAAGGAUCUAGUUCUACCCCAGAGCGUCAUUGGUGCGUAUUGACGUAAGCUAGGAUUGGUUGACAAAGAAACUUGAAGUCAUCGUCCCUCUCCAGUGCUAGUUAUGAGACAAGAUUAUGAGGUAAACUCCUGACUAUCCAGGACUGGUUUGUAAUCACUAUGCUGAGCUGGAGUGGGAAAGGUAGGUUCGUGGAUGUUUGUCUCUAAGCUAGUUGACAGUUUGGGUUCCAGAUCGUCCUCUCUCUCUCUCUCUCUCUCUCUCUCUCUCUCUCUCUGUGCUCCGCGUAUAUCGAUAUAAACACAGAGCGGCGGAUUUCAAGCCCGGGUUCACCAUUUACGCCGUACCGGUUCGACAACACGGCCCUCACCGGGCUAAAGUACAGUCGUGUGGAGACCUUACGCAUUGCAACACACGGAAGGGAGACUCAGCGUCAAAACAUAACAUUAAAAAUAUUGGAACAAGUUGUAAGAUGAUCGUAGAACCGUAUGCGAGCUCCUCCGCGGAUGAAAACUCUAGCAGUGAAGAAACCAACCGAAGAAUCCGUCCGACAAUGCAGAGGAAGAAGAGAGGAAACCUAUCUAAAGAAGCAAUACUUGUAUUAAGAAGGUGGCUCUAUGAUCACAGAUACAAUGCAUAUCCCAGCGAUGCCGAGAAGAUCGCCCUGGCCAGGGACGCGGGUUUGACCGUUCUCCAGGUCUGUAAUUGGUUCAUUAAUGCUCGGAGAAGAAUCCUACCAGACUUGAUCCGUAAAGAAGGAAACGACCCACAAAGAUUUACAAUAAGUCGACGAGGUUCCAAACUAAAAUCUUGUCAGACAGGAAUGACUGAGACAAGUAAGGUUGUGAGGAACGGUUGGGAUAUCGGAGGAGGAGAUCAUCAAUAUGUUGAAUCUAUAACAAUGUACAAGGCUGAGGACGAAUCAUCUGACGAAGAAAUGGAUUUCUCUGUGAGCAGAACCCCUGGAAACAACAAGCAAAGAUAUCAGAGUGGAGAGUCAGGAGUAUUUUCAUCUUCAGACAGCAGCCAGAUAUCAUAUAGCUGUGGGAUAAACCCUGAGAAACCUCAUUCCUCUUGUUCUUCUCCUUCUCACUUCUCUCAGAGAACAGAUCCACCAUCUCCUUCUUUGCCUUCUUCUCCUUGCUCGAGGCUCAGUCAAGGUUCUCCUCCACCCUCUCCUGAAAUAUCCUGCGACGAACCUAUAGAUAUGUCGACCAAAGGAUUAUAUUUUCAGUCCUUCUCUGGGUCUCCCGCUACACACAGGGAGCAGUUCCGGAGUUUAUACCUUCUAGUAGAUGCAGCUCUUGGAGAAGUGGAUCAUCGAGAACCAUCAUCCUUUAAGACUGCUUACAUUAAGUGAUUAAUCACACAUAUCUUUAUCCAGUUCUAUUCCUUCUGAAAUGUUAGUCAUGAUCAUCAUGGUGAAAAGAUCAUGUAUUUUUGGUGAAAUUUAUAGAGAUUAAUUUACUGUAUGUCCAUGUAUUUUGACAAAUAUUAUAUAAAUGUGUAUUCUAAUAUAUAAAUGCUUUAUCGUGGAGAAAUCCACUUCUAUCCACACCUCGCUCAGUUUCUAGUUUUAUAUUUACACUUGUAAUAAAUUGCUCCUACCUCGUAAAAGACAAAUUGUUCAUUAUUAAACCGAUUUUGUACAAUAAACUACAACAUAUUCUUA